AUGUCUUUAUUUGAAGAUGAAGCCAUUGGAUCAUUGGAUCUUGUCAGGCGGACUCGGGAAACGAAUCCCAUUAAAACACUCGAGCAGCUAGAUUCUCCGAAGCAUCAAAGUGACCGUAAUGCCGCACUGCACGGUCUGCACCUACCAAGAAAUCGAUCAUGCCAAAGUCAGUGGUAUCGUACUGGUACUGGUAGACGGAUGUGUGGCUGGACGGCUGGACCCCUCGUGCCUGGACCCAAUACCGCCAGCAACUUGUGGUUGCUCCCCACUGUUACCAUCAUACAUCACCCACUAUUGCAUCUUGCAUCGGACGCAAUGCAUCCGAUCCGUGAGCCUUGA